AUGAAUCCUGUUGAUAUCCAUCAGCGGGAUGUCUCUAAUAUAUUGACAACCCUUCAAACAGAAAUAGACGUGCUGAAAGAUAAAAUGGAAAAAAAUCCGAAUGAUGCUGAAUUUUAUAAAAAUCAAAUUUCAAAAUUACUUGAAGAAGCAGAAAGAGACUUAAGGCUUAAAACACAAGCAAUUAAUCGAGCCAAGCUUUCUCAAUCUCGAGUAUUACCAAUGAAUACGCCAACACCUGCAGAAUUAAGAAUGGAUGCUAUAACACAUCAUGAUGUUUCUCAUAAAAAAUCAACAGCAAGACGUCCAAAAACUACAAUUACUCGUGUAGACCCAAUAAGACAACCAAAAAGUCCAAAAAUUCAAUUACCAUCUAAUAAAAAUAUUUCAAGUAGACCUACAACUUCAUAUCGACCAACCUCUGUUAUGAAUCAACCUAAAACAGAAGCAAUACAGCCAUUAACUACAACAACACUUCGAUCUUUUGAUUAUCGACCUCAAACUCAAAUGGUUAUGAAAAGAACACGCAAAAUACCAGAUUUAGUAACUCAUUUACACCCUGUUGAUCGUCAUGACCCUGGAAUUACUCCUCCUCCAGUAACAAAUGAUGAUAUUGACAAAUUUGGCGUUGAAAGACUUGUUGAUACAGGAUACAUCAAGAAGAAUAACGUCAAUCCUCAAUUCGAUGGUCUUUUGACUGUUUCUAAGUAUGUUGGCGAUAUGACUAAAAUUCCAUUUGAACCUAACAACAAUUUCGUACUUGAUGAUACUCCUGAUACAUCUCCAUUAUUUGAUAUGAACAACACCCAACCAAUUAAUCCAAUACAACCAUCACAACCUGAAGAUGAGAAUAAUCUUGAAACAAAACGUCGACUUACAUUCCUUUUGAUCAAUGGAGAACCACUUCAAUCACAAGAUUACUACGCAUUCAGACGUGCUUAUGCUUCGCAAUGGGAGCAAAUGACAAUUUUGUUGAAUAUGUUGAAACAUUUUUGUGAACAAAAUGGAAUUUCUCGUCAAACUGUUGAUUGUGAACGUCUUGCAGAACUUGGAAGGUUCGAACUUGAUGAGAUUUCUGAUUCAAAGAUUGAGAGAUGUUUCUUAGAUCCAUUAGAUCACAAGAAACACAAGAGAUUAAUUCAUUUAGAUGGUCCAGAUGCAGAACACAAUGCUGCCAUCAUGAUACAAAGUGUUUGGAGAGGUUUUGUUGCUAGAAGACAAAUCAGAGCAAUCAUGAGAAACAACGCUGCCGCAAGAAUGAUACAGAGACAGUUUAGAACAUUUGUAAUUGUUACAAAAUUCAAAGCGAAAUUAUUCAAAGAACAUAAUAAUCUUAUUUCUAAAUAUGAACAAAAGAAUUUAGAUACAACAGCUAAUUCAUUUGAUGUUCCUCAUGUACAAGUGCAUUUCAUUAAUAGCUAUAACUCUGUAGAACUUGGAAGAUUGUCAUAUUUAGCGAACAAAAACACAACUUUAGUUUUGUUCACACAUAAUUCAUUUCCUACUGAUGUUACAACAUUAAUUACUAAGUUUACUGAAAAUGAUUUGAACUUACACAUCAUGCCAACACAUUUCAAUCUUCCUGAUAAUAUUAACUUAGAAGAAAUCUUCUCAAUGGAUAUCCCUAUUAUCACAAAAAUCAAACAGAUUGCAAACAAACAUCCAAUAUUUAUUUUCCCUCAAAUCAACAAAAUUUCUUUGAUUGAUGUUUCUGAAAAGAUGGGAGCAGACAUUAUGGCUCCUUCCCCAAACAAAUACAUCAUGUUUGAUACAAGACAGUCUAUUUUGAGAUUGUUGAACAGCGCCGGCCUGAAAACAUUCGAAACAUCAGAAAGAAUUUAUGAAAGACAGGUUUUGGUAAAAACAAUUACACAGUUAUGCGUUUCUCUGCAGAAAAUAAUUAAUUGGAGAUUGAGAUUACCUGAUGGAACUUGUGCAUGGUAUGGUAUUAAUGAUUUCACGUUAAUUGAUCAACUUAUUGCCAAUAAAAAUGUUUUGUCUCCUGAAGAUAUCGAAGAUCCUAAUUUCAUUGGUUUAUUGGAGCAAUCAAUUACAAAUGAUUUGCCAAAGGUUUUGAAUUUGACAUCAAGUUUUACAAACACAGAUCAGUUCAUAAGGAAGUUUGUAAGUAAUGGAGGAACUAUUGAAGCAUUGCCAUUGAAUACUAAAUCAUAUAUCUGCGCAAGUUUCUUUGUUCCAAGAUUAGGAAGUCCACAAAUAUUAGGUACAUGGGAAACAAUUUAUUUGUCAGCUUUUGAACCAUUUGCUUCAAUUCACCCUGCAUUUUCUGUUAACAGAGAACGCUUGAAGAAGAGAAUUAUGAAGAUAGCAAACCAAUGCUCUGUUAAGAGAUUGCUUGGUGUCAAUACAAUCAAGUUCUUCUAUGGAACACACGUGAAUUACAAUGUUAAAACUGAUGAAGAUCCGAACUAUAAGAUGAAAUUUGUUGCUGAUGAUUUAGUUUUGUGUUCAAUGGAAGAAUAUCUACCGGAAUUAGUAUCAGACAUGAUUACUAAAUCUAAAUUCGAUCCAGAAUCAAUGAGUAUUGGCCCAGCAACAUAUACUUAUGUACAGAGUUUAGUUGAAUUACCAACAGAAAUUGAUUUCCUCGAAUUCAAAGAGAAAUUGACUGAAAAUGAUAUUGCAGUUGAUUCCAAAGUCUUUUUAUUGCCACAUUUGAAGAGAAAAGAUGCUGUUGGAUUAGCUGUUUUCGAACAAUCAGUUGAUAGAUUGAUCAAUGUUGUAUUCAGAGUAUUUACUGUCAUAACAAGUUCAAUCUUCGAAAUCGAAGAAGAUUGUGAUGCAAAAGUUGUGAGUUACCUGAAGGCAAUUUCCUUCUUGAAAGGACAACUCGAAAGCGGUGGAGAAAUCCAAUCAACAUCACUCGCUAGAAAGAUGUCUGGACUACAGAUUCCAAAGAAGUCCAGCUUAAGAAUGUUUAGAUUCGAUAGCUUAGUUGUCAAAGAGCCAACUACUGAUAUUUAA